AUGGCUGAUACGAACACUGACUCUGGGACUUCCAGUCACAAAAUUGUUGAAAACUCUAACAAGGAUGUCUACACGAUCUUUGGUGUUAUCUUUAUUGUUAUGGGACUUCUUGCUUCUCUGGGAAACACUGUUAUCCUUUACGUUGUCAAAAGGGAUCCUCUGAAGUGCCUUAAUAAACCGACAAACGUCUUCAACAUCGCAUUAACUAUAACACACGUCUUGGUGGGAAUGAUAGUGUCACCGUUUACUGGCAUUUUAAGUAUUCUCCGAGGACAUAACCCUGAAAACCCUCUUCCUUCGGCGGUGAUCCAUCUGGAGGCUUUCAUGCAAGAUUUCAUUAUUGGAACUGCCACAUUGUGUUUAUGUGCCAUAUCAACUGAACGCUGUACAGCCGUACUCCACCCACACUUAAACAAAAGGUGGUUUACACUACAGCGAGCAAAAAUCGUUAGCGUUACAGCAGCGGUUACUUGUUUCGGGUUUUGCUCGCUGCUGUUCCUCGACAUAUCGAAAACGUUGUUCUACAUGAUCUACCUCCACGUAUUUAUUAUCCUCCCAGUCUGUGGAAUCCUCAUAUCGUGCACGGCAAGGCUGAGAAAUUUUAAGAAGCAAGCCCGUGUCUCGGUUAUCAAUAGUGGGUUACCAGUCGCUCAGAUAUUUGCCAGCGAAUCAAGAAAGAGAAAUUCUCAGAUGGUUUACAAAUUGUUGGUGACUUUAUUCAGUGUUUUGCUACCAGUUUUAUUGUCCUUGUUUCUGUUUUACGCCGUGAAGUUUAUGGAAGUAACGUGUGAUGAUUGUAUCACGAAGCGAUGGUUCAUAGUUUUAAAUAGUACGAGUUUAGUUUGGUUAUUUUUGAGCAGCGUUUUCAACCCUGUUUUAAUCCUGAGGCGUAUAGCUGAAUACUCUCGGUCAAUUAGACACAUUCUCAGGCAGAUCCGGUAACUAAUUAAAAGGAAACAUAUUCUUUCACUAUUUAAGGAAAUGUUUCAUAAAAUACUUUAACUCCGUGUAAAUAUGUACUAGAGCUGUAACACUCACACAAGCCUAAAACAAAAUUUAAAUUAACGUCGGUUAGCAAAAAGAGAACACAAAAACUUCAAAGCGUGUCAUUAUUGUGCAGCCUUUAAUGACUGCACUUUAUGGGAAUAUUCCAAAUCGAUUUAAUGAUAAACAACGUGUCCUACAAUGGUGUUAUCGGAUGAAGUCCUUUAUGAAAUAUUAACUCGCUUAUAUUCACAACUAUUCAACGUUCAUGCAUCUGUUAUUUCGUGAAAAUAGCGAAUGGGAAUCGGUUGACCCGCAUGAUCCGUUCUAAUAAGUUCGUAAUCAAGAAAUGAAAGGAACCGCAUCAGGAGGGUUCCCAUUUAUACAAUUUUAUACAAGAUGAAUCAUUACUAAGUUUGAAUUUAAAUCCUGGGUCAGUGAUCAUCACCUCUUGAAGAACCGGCCCCUUGGCUGCGUUCAUUGAAUGAAUUGCAGGCGUAGACUUGAUCAUUGUUUCCUUCCUGGGUUUCUUUUAGUUCAUCAUCAGUUCAAAUGAGUCUUGUCAUUUGAAGAAAUGUUGAUACCGACUAAAAUUUCAUUUGUAUUUCUUUUCAAAUGAUUUAUUGAACAUCUUUCUUUUGUUUGAAAUCAGAGUAGAGUACAUGCAAACGACUCUGAGUUGGAGCUUAAGGGUCUUAUCAUGAAAAUAAAUGGGGAAAAAAAUAAAACUUUGGGAAGAACACAAGGAAAACAAUUUGAUAUUCCUUAUUGAUUGUUCUUCUUAUUACGAUGCAUGUGUUUUGUUGGGACUCUCGCUCCUUGUUGUUCCAACUCGUUCCCGGGGCUCUCUCACCUUUCCACAGGGUGGAGAAGAGUGGAUCCUGGAAACAAGGAUUUAGAAAAAGGACUGGGCUAGUGGAAUGCUAAAAUCUUGGUAUUUUUAAAAGCAUUUUCAAGCAAGGGGGAAAAAAAAUGCCCAGUAUACUUUAUAAACCCCGUAUAAGGGUCAUGCACUGCUAUGUAAUGUGUUUAUUAAGUAAAUUUCACUCCUUAAUAUUUAAGAUGCCUCGUUAGCGCAGUAGGCAGCGCGUCAGUCUCAUAAUCCAAUGCGAAAUCUGAAGGUCGUGAGUUCGAUCCUCACACGGGGCACUUAACUUUUUUUCCUAAAUCGCUUUUUUCCUGCUGCAACUUCAUGGAAAAAAUAAAAAUAAAAUUUCGUUUAUUACACUUAUUAUUCACAUAGUUUUUCUCUUGACGAGGAAAGCUCGCGUAUUUUUUCUCAAAUAAUAACAUCUCGAUCUGUUCGAUUCUCGGUUCGAUUAUGAAAGCCACCCGUAGUACGUGCGUAGAAGUUCUCCACAAUUCUCAAGCAAAAACUUGAUUCACUAUUUUAUUUAUUUUUUUACCUUUUUUUAUCUCUGCAUUAUUAUCUAGUUGCCAAUGGUGAUAUCAGGGCAAACUUUAUGGAAUGUAAACAUUUCGACAAAAAAAAAACCUGACUCCUCUUGAUUAGUAAUUUCCAACAUGAUUUGUUGGGGGAUUGUUUCUCGUAUGGAGUGAAUUUCCAUUUGCCACAGCUGUCCCAAGUUCACAAAAGAAGACUUUAUACAAACUUUUAUAUCAUUUUCUUUUUUCUCAGCACAGACUCGAUACAAAAUCCGGCAGCUUCUCAGCGGACUAUUGGGCAAAGUGAAUUAUCUUACCGAUGAGCCUAUUCAAACAGUUUUCGAAAGAGAGUUUAUAUUCAGCACCUGCUUUGAAAUUUUAUUAAAAAUUGGUGAGCUCAUGGCUGUUUGCCAGUAUAAUCAUUCAAUGGCAAUUUUUCAAUGCAACUUUCAAAUAAAAAUGUGAAUUGUUCUAUCAUCUGUUAAUAAAAGGCCUACAGCUAUCAAAUAACAUCUAUAUAUAAAGUAUAAAUCAUCGACAGAGAAAAACCUUCCAGCCUAAUACCGAUGAUUUGUCCUGGAAAUCAGCCGAUCUAUUAAUUUCUUCGCGAGACACACUGUAUUUAUUUAUUUAUGUGAACUUUAAAUAUCAUCGUCUUAAUGAGUCAAAACACUUCGCUCCGUUCAGUGUUUCAAUUAUGAAAGAUAAAGUAUUCUCCAAUAUUCCUGAAAAUUUACGCAUCGGUGUAUGUUCUACAGUAGGAGCUCUCUACUUAGCUGCAUCGGUUUCCACAAUCAUAAUCAAUGGUCUGUUAUUGUUUGUUAUAUACAGAGAUCCACUUAAGUGUUUUAGGCGACCAUUUGCGGUAUUAAUCACUGGACUAGCUAUUACUGAUUUUACCGUAGGUGCUAUUGGUGACACCACCUCUGCUAAGAAUGAGUUUUACUGUGUUAAAAACCAAGACAGACAGAACUCGUUUGACUACGUUAUGGAUUACUUCAUCGAUAACUCUGCUACAGUGCUUGUGGUUGCUUUGUCUGUUGACAGACUUACUGCGGUUGCCUUCCCAUUUUUUUAUCGCUGCUCUGUAAAGAACUUCCAUUCUAUCAUCAUGGUCAUCUCAAUUUGGCUUUACUGUUUGGUUUUCAGUUUACUUCAGCUCACUGACAUUCCGGAGGAAAUCUAUGACUCUAUAGAUGUGCAUCUUCACGUAACAUUUGCACUCUCUUCUACUGCGGUAGUAUACUGUGUUAUUUACUUAAUCAUCCGAAAGAGAAGAAAGUCUUUUCCUGGAGAAGAGAUUCCAGGACGGAAAGCCGAACAACAUCGCCGAAAUUUGCAACGCGAAAAGGAGUUUGCCUUCACAACUUUCCUGAUUCUUUUAGUUUUGGUUCUGACACAGAUUCCAUACCUUGUUUUGACAAAAAUUGAGUCAAACUGUGAAAGCUGUCUCGAGAGUUCGUGGUUUUUUGUGACAGAUAAGUUUUCAGAUUUCCUGUUGUGUGUGAGUUCCAUUGCGAACCCGUUUCUUUACGGAUGGAGAGUGAAACAAUUUCGGAAUUCAUUCAUGACAAUUUUUUGCAGAUCUAGACUUCAUCAAAAUGACAUGGAAAUGUCGCAAACUGCGGCGCAGGAGAACGAAGGAACAAGGGAGACUCACACAUGA